AUGCAUAAUCAAACAAAGGAGGAAUCGCAACCAAAUCAUGAUCAAUCCCUGUCAGUUUAUAAAACUAUAUCCUUGACAAUCCAGUUUUUAGAGGCUUUGAUUGGAAUCCUGAUAAAUGGCUUCAUGGUGGCUGUAAAUCUGAUAGACCUUAGGGUUCAAGGACAUCUGGGUUCUUGUGAUUCCAUCCUGACCUGCCUGGGCAUAUCUCGCUUUUGCUUGCAGUUUAUGAUGCUGACACUAUACAUACUGUCCUACUUCUUUAGUACAUAUGCUACUUCAGACAGUGUAACUAAUGGUUUCACAUACUCCUACCUUUUUUUCAAUAACACCUGUCUGUGGUUUGCUACUUGGCUCUGCACGUUCUACUGUGUCCGUAUAGUCAGCAGCCAGCAGAGAUUAUUUGUCACUAUUAAGACACAUUUUGAUCGCUUGGUGCCUGCACUCCUGGUUUCUGCUCUUGUGAUAUCUUACCUCUCCACUGCUCUUUUUUCUUCCAAUAAAAGUAUGUUUGGUAACUGGAGCUUUAACAGUCAUGGAUCUAAAAAUAACACUGAUCCCUUCGCCUUUUCUGGGACAGACUUAGUGAUUUGGUCUUCACUUUGUAUUCUGGGAUCCACUCCACCAUUCGUCAUCUUCUGCACAACCGCUUGGCUGGUGAUACAUUCACUGCUGAAGCACACUAGAAAGAUGAAGUCGCAGGAGAGGACAGGGUUCAGGGAACCUUCACUGAAAGCUCACUAUGGGGCCAUUAAGACCAUGUUUCAUUUCUUCCUUUUUUAUUUGCUGUAUAUGGUGGCCAUCAAUAUCCGCAUGUCAGGGACACUAAAAGAUGACAGUUGGACAGGUUGCUUCUGUGCAGUAGUCCUUGGUGCCUACCCGUCCAUACACUCUGGGUUUCUUGUUAAUGGUAACAGCAAACUCAGACAAAGCUUCAUCAGGCUUCUUCACAAAGGAAACUGCUACCUGCAAACCUCCAAAACUGAGAUACCUGAGAUGUAA